AUGACGACAGCGGCAACCGCAACUGGGGCAGAAGGAGCUCCUGCUGCUUCGACAGCAUCCCUGCAUCUGCUCGCUGAUCUCGAAGGACACUCGUCUCGAGCAUGGCAUCUCGCAUGGAACCCACGCAUGCCCGUCCUGGCAUCGUGCUCGGGUGACAAGGAUGUUCGAUUGCACGCCUACUCGUUCGUCUCGACCACAUCUGCAGACGGCCCUUCCACCUCGAAGCAACCCACCUUCAACCUGCGCGAAGUCAUUCCAACAGGUCAUCAACGCACCGUGAGACAAGUCGCAUGGUCGCCAGACGGCAAGAUUCUCGCCACCGCAUCGUUCGAUUCGACAGUCGGCAUCUGGGAGAGAAUACAGGACAUUGACGGCACCACCGAGAUCGACGGCGAUGCGAACGGAGCCGGUCCUCUAGCGCUCAGCAAUGGCGGUGCACACGUUGACGAGCCCGAGUGGGACUGCGUAGGAACGCUCGAGGGACACGAGUCGGAGUGCAAGUCGGUGGCCUUCUCGCACACGGGCGGUGUGCUUGCCUCGUGCAGUCGAGACAAGUCGGUGUGGAUCUGGGAGGUGCAGCCGGAUGCCGAGUUCGAGUGCCUCUCAGUGCUGAUGGAGCAUUCUCAGGACGUCAAGGUAGUGGCAUGGCAUCCAAUGGACGAAGUGCUUGCAUCUGCAUCGUACGACGAUGCCAUCAAGCUCUACAUCGACGACCCUUCCGAUGAUUGGUUCUGCUACACCUCGCUGACGGGUCACGAGUCGACCGUGUGGAGUCUGGCUUUCUCUCCUUGCGGCAACUACCUCGCGUCUGCUUCCGACGAUUUGACCGUUCGCAUUUGGCGCCGUCUGAAUGCGGACGAGUGCGAGACGCAUGGAGUCAAACCAGAAGGCAAGAUGGCUGGGAGAAAAGGCGAAAAGUGGAUCCCGGUCAACGUGCUCAAGGGACACCACGAUCGCACGGUAUACAGCGUCUCUUGGGGCAUAGACACUUCGACGCGUCCCGGCAACCUCGGACGACUGGCCAGUGGUGGCGGCGACGGUCGUAUCUGCGUGUACGAAGUGACGGCCUCGGAGGACGACAGCAAGCAGCUGUUCCCAGACGUGCAGCUCGUGGCCAAGAUGGAGCGGGCGCAUGGAAGUGCGGAUGUCAACUGCGUCUCGUGGGCGCCGGCAAGUCUCAACGAGCGGGUAGGGGCAACAGCCAAGAUUGAGGAGCUCAUGGAGGAUGGAGAGACGCCAAAGAGUCGAGACGGCAAGGGUGUGUCUCACGAGAGCAUGUCGGAUAUGCUGGCCAGUGCAGGUGACGAUGGAAGUAUCAAGGUGUGGACGCUGGCCAGCUCGCCAUAUGCCACCGCGAAGAAGUAG